CGCACACUGCUCCCGUGCUCCAUGCCAGCACUGCUCAGCUGCACUCCUAUUUGUUCGCCCGCCCGCUCACACACACGCUCCACACACACUCCAUCAGGCUGGGUGUGAGGAACGGCAUGGAAUGGAAUCUCAGAAGGAUGGAGAGCGAACUGAGACAGAUCAACCCAGACUUGCUGCAGCCCAGCAAGAGCUUUAAGAAACCUUCCUCAGGCACCAUCACCAUCAACGUGGGGGGCUACAUGUACGCGGCACAACGGCAGACCCUGUCCAAGCACCCUGGCUCUUUGUUGGAGGAGAUUGUGACUGGGAAGAAGCCUGUGGUGCAUGUGGACUCCAUGGGCAACACCUUCAUUGACCGCGAUGGCCCCAUCUUCCGGCACGUCUUAAAUUUCUUGCGUUUGGGUCAGCUGGUACUGCCCGAUGACUUCAAGGAAGCAGGGCUGCUCCGGCGCGAGGCCGACUUCUACCGGCUGAGCGAGCUGGCCCAAGCCUUGCAGGACUGGGAGCAACAGAAGGCCACGCAACGAGAGCCCGCCUUCCUUGAGGUGACGGACAGCCAUGAGCGCUCCCAGGGUCUGAGGAUCUACUGCAGCGACACCAGCAUCAUCGAGAAGGUGAAGAAUCGCCUGGUGCAGAUCUCCAAGAGUCGGCUAGAUGGAUUUCCGGAGGAGUUCGAGGUGUCGUCCAACAUCAUUCAGUUCCGGCAUUUCAUCAAAUCGGAGCAAGGCUCUCGGCUUGUGUUGAAGCAGGACAGCACGUUUUUGUGCACACUAGAGUGCCUGAAGCUGGAGACGGUGAUGCUUGCCCUGAAAGGAGGCUUUCGUCUACUUACCAGUCUAGACAGCAGUCGUGGCUCAGUGGUUCAGUGCGAGGCUCUGCAUUUUGUCAAGUGACCCAACCAGAACUGUCACCACUCACCACAUGACCUACUGGAAACCAUCUGCAAACACCAGCGUCUUCAACCGACAACCUGUUCUGAAAUCCUCCACUCUGCUUCUACAUGACAUGCUCCAACUAACAGCACUGAAAAACAAGAGACGAUGUGUAUUGUGGGGUUUGUUUUGUGUUUUGUUUUUUUCUGUUUGCAAGUUGUUUUUACCAGAAGAUGAGCAUUUUAUAAUGUUGAUGAUGCUUGCAGAGUACUGUACAAUCAAAAGGCUGAAUGCAAGUGCAAUGAUCAUUUCAUUUGUAAGCAAAUGUUGUGAUUUCUGGCAAUUUGAUGAAGUGUUGUGAACAAUAGGUUGUAAUUUUGAGUCUGUGAGCAUCAUAAAAAAAAGCCACAAUAUAACUUAUUCAAAUUAUUAUUUAAAUGUUUAUGUUUAUAAAUAAGACUAUGAUUCAUAAUCUAGGUGACAAUCUAGACUGCAACACUUUGGUUUUGUCUGUGUAACUGUGUUAAUUCUUAUGGCUGUGCAAUGUUACUUGACAAAUUACAGUAUGCUGUAUGAAUAUAGCUGCAUUUAUUUUUUCUUAUAUGCUGUGAAGUCAGCUUGUAUGAGACCACUGUCCUUAAUUAAAAGUUUUCAAUAUU